CACGGACCAGCAGCGGACUUGCGUCGGGGAUUGGUCCCUUCUUCAGGCCGGAUCUCCAACAGGAUUCGUCGGACGACGAGGUGGAAGUGCAGCAGCCCGCUGUUUCUACAUCCCUGUCUUCACAAAUGCAAUUGGUGGCAGACGUACAGCAAGGGCAGGAUCCCUCAAAUUUUCAGAGGGUAAACACCCUGGCAGCAGAGAUGAAGGUCAGCCAGGAUAGUUUUUGGGUUGUCGUUGGAACCAGACUGGACGCCAUUGAGAAGACAAUGGAUAAGAUGGCAAACGGUUUGGUUGACAUGCAAAAGGCUCUUGACGACAACAUGGCAGAAACGCAAAAGACCAGACGAGAAGAUCACAGGGAGACUAUAGACAUCCUUCACGUUCUGGCCACAUCCAUCAACCGGCUGGUGGAUAACACAUCAUGCCUGGCACACAGCGUUGACAACAUGUCGGAGAGCCAACGACAUUCCGCAUCCAGCCACCAGAUCAUCGCAACAACGCUACAGAUGAUCUAUGAUAAGCUUCCAGAGCCAGCUCAACAACACGCUGGUGAACAACCACAUCCGCCACCACAAGCCACACUGACGCCUCCUGCCCUUGCUCCACCACGAUCCUGGUAUGGGCGGUCACAGCUGUACCAAGGAUAUACAGGGAUGUACCCCACCUACCAGAUGCCUCCACCACCAACACCGGCCGCAUCAUCUACACCAGCACGGCCACGGAGGCCAAGUCAACACACUACACAGCCGCCCAGGGCAUCGACGCCCCAUCAGGAGGAAGAGGAGGAUCCGGACGGACAACCACCAUAAUCCCGGUCGUAUUGUUUUAUUAUUUACUCUUAUGUUUUUCAUGGUUCCCUUUCUCCCCCUCCCAUUAGGUUUUUUUUUUUCUUAAUAUGGUUUUAUAUUUGUGUUGGGCUCCCCCACCCCCGAACGGAUACUACCAAGGAGCUUUUAUGUCUAGGCAUACAUGCGCGGGCAUGUAUGCGGGCGAGUGUGGUAACUGAU